AUGGCCGAGUCCCAGCUGAGCUGCCUGGACGAGGCGCACGUGAACGAGAGGGUGACCGAGGCGCAGGCCGCCUUCUACUACUGCGAGCGGAGGAGGGCCGCGCUGGAGGCGCUGCUGGCCGGCGGCGAGCGGGCCUACCGCGAGCUGGUCCAGAAGGAGCAGCUGCGGGACUUCCUCUCCAGCCGGGAGCAACAGGCCCUCCGCGCCGCCUGGAGCCCCUACGAGGAUGCCGCCGCCGCCACCGCCACCGCCGCCGCCGCCGCCCGGGGCAAGAGCAAGGCCAAGGCCAAAGCCCCGGCGCAGGCGCAGGCCCCGACCGAGCCCUGCGAGUCCCUGGCUUACUGGCCGGACCGCUCCGACACGGAGGUGCCCCCGCUGGACCUGGGCUGGACCGACCAGGGCGUCUACCGCGGCGUGAGCCGCAUCACCCUCUACACCCACCCCCCCAAGGAGGAGAAGGCGCCCCACCUCAAGCAGGUGGUCAGGCAGAUGAUCCAACAGGCCCAGAAGGUCAUUGCGGUGGUCAUGGACUUCUUCACUGACAGCGAUAUCUUCCAAGACAUUGUGGAUGCUGCCUUUAAGCGCCGGGUCCCGGUGUAUAUCAUCCUGGAUGAGGCAGGCGUGAAGUUUUUCUUGGAAAUGUGUCAGGGCCUAGAGCUCACCAACUUCCGCAUUCGGAACAUCCGUGUCCGCUCUGUAACAGGUGUUGGCUUCUACAUGCCCAUGGGGAAGAUCAAGGGGACCCUGUCAUCAACGUUCCUAAUGGUAGAUGGUGACAAAGUGGCCACAGGAUCUUAUAGGUUCACCUGGAGCUCCUCCUACGUGGACAGGAACCUUCUCCUCCUCCUCACAGGGCAGAACGUGGAGCCCUUCGACCUGUUGUUCCGGGAGCUGUAUGCCAUCUCUGAGGAGGUGAACUUGUACCAGCAGCUGAACCUGGCGGAGGGUGCCGGGAGGCUGAGCCCUAACCACUCCUCCACCGUGGCUCGCAGGCUCAUCAACCCCAAGUACGCCCUGGUGUCAGGCAGCCGCCAGCCCCCGGGGGAGAUGAUGCGCUGGGCCGUCCGGCAGCAGCGGGAGGCCGGCGGCGACCCCAAGGAGCAGCAGGAGGCGGGCAGCGGCGGGGAGGCGGCCCGGCGCCUGGAGAGCUUCCUGAACGACCUGGUCACGCUGGAGCAGGUGCUGCCCCCCGUGGAGCCCAUGCCCUCCAGAGAGCUGGCUCGGAAGGGCGGCCGGGUGGUCUCUCACCUGCACGUGGACCUGAAGCCCAGACCCCCGGAGGUGCUGGUCCGGAACGGCAAGGGAGAGGCUGCCAACAGGGAGGACAGCAGGCGCUUCAGCAGGAGGCUCUUCAGCCGGCGGUCCAAGAGUCCCAUGGCACCCAACGGCGUGAGCAGCUCCCUCUCCACUGAGACCUUCACAGAGGUGCAGUUUGUGACGGCGAAGAGGCCCAAAGAGGGCUCCAGUGCUGACAUCUCAGGUAAAACAAGUGCCAGUCCCGCCAAGGCCAGAAAUUGCGUGAUUUCCUGAGCUGUGGGCCAGUGGUGGGGAGGACCUAUGGGUGCCCCCCGGCCCUGCCCUGUGGAGAAUUCAGGUCAAGCCCUGCACCAGUUUGCACUCCGGACUCUCACUUGCUUCCUGCCCAACAGCCUCCAUCCUGGCCUCAGGGACCCUCGAUCCGAGACGUGAGAGUUGGCAGCAUCUCAAGACGACUGCACACCCCUGCAAGACUGUCGCUGGCCAGGCAGGGGACACUCCUUCUUGUUUACAUGAAGUGGAAGCUUGA